GUGACGGCGGCGAGGAGGGACGGGGGCCGAGCGGGGCCGGAGGCUACGGCGGCCGGGAGGAAUGCUGCGACGGGCGGCGGGGCGAGGGCUGGGCGCGCCGCUGUGGGCGGUGGUGGGGCGAGGACGGAGCGGUGAGGCGGGCAGCCCUGAGCGAGGCCCUCGCAGCGCCCGCGCCCCCAGGAUCUACACGAGAACGGGAGAUGAAGGCUUCUCCAGCACCUUCACUGGGGAGAGGAGGCCGAAGGGUGACCGCGUCUUUGAAGCUCUGGGGACGACGGAUGAGCUGAGCUCCGCCAUCGGGCUUGCUAGCGAGCUGAGCAGUGAGAAGGGCCAUGCAUUUGUUGAACAGCUUCACAAGGUCCAGUGUAUGCUGCAGGAUGUGGGCUCCAACAUCGCAACACCUCUCUCCUCAGCCAGGGAAGCUCACUUAAAAAGAACAUCUUUUAGUGAGGAGCCUGUUUUGGAGCUGGAGAAGUGGAUUGACAGAUACUCAGAGCAGCUUCCUCCGCUUAGAGCUUUCAUCUUGCCAUGUGGUUCCUCUAGUACAAGCAGGGGAAGCAGAUCCAAACGUGGCCAAAUAUUUAAACAGACUGAGCGACUACCUCUUCGUUUUGGCACGUUAUGCUGCAAUGAAGGAAGGGAAGGAAGAGAAAAUAUAUACAAAGCCAGAACCAUAACUGGAAGCUGGGAUGUUUGUGUUGUAGAUCUUGGAAAACUAAAUUCAGCAGAGUGCUUUCCCCAGGCAUGGAUGGGAAAGAGAGCAAGCCUGAAUUGGGAAUGUGAGCUGCCAAAGACUCAGGUUAAUAUGAUCAGGACCUUGCUCAUAAAUGUUGUAAGGAACGCAGCUGUUCUGUUCACUAGCCUCGCAGUAACACAGUGGUGUUGAUUUCAGAAUUACUCUUUGCCCUGGAACAGAGCUGAGACUUGUAAUAAUUCCAGCUGAUUUCUAGAGUUGUCUUAAUUUCCCUGGGCAGUGGCAGGUUCUGUGGAAAGACUUUGACAGGGCUCUGAGGUAUGAAGAAAACAAUCAGCUUUCCUUUGUAAGUCAUAAUGCUCAUACAGAACAGGUACUGUGCUGAGAUUCAGGAACUCUGUCCACAAGCUUUGAAAUAAUAAAUGUGAUUUACUUGUACCAAAGGGCCCUUAACUGUCAUGCUUUAAUACUGAGCCCAGCUUGCUUUUCUUUUUUAAGUUGCUUUCAAUCCAUCAGCCCUGGCUGAAGCUGAGCUGUGUAGAUUUACAGGAACACACUUAGAAUUCUUUGGCUCUGGCUGUCUCUCUUUAUGCAUGUGAAAAAUGUGUCUGUGCUGACAAUCCCACACAUCCUCUGCCAGGAACAGGCUUGUGUAGGACAGGAUUAAAAGAGAAUGGGCCAAAUCUUACAGGUCGUGUGCAGGCAAGAUCUGCUUAGUUAGCUGGGGUUAAGUCCCUGCAGGGCUGCCCCUCCCAGCACACAGACCCCUUGAGAACAGCUUGGUCAGCAUCCCGCUUUAACUGCAGGAAUUGGUUUGAGUCCAGUUAUGAAAUAUCUGCCAGCCAGGGACCACUCAGGUCCAGUCUGCACAUAGAGGGGUUGUGAUGAGGGGCCUGGAGCUUCUUCAGCUGAUGCAGUGAGAGGUGAAAGAAAGAGGCCAAUAGCUACAGGCGUUCAUAUCUCAGACCUAUGAAUGUUCUGAGGAGUUUCACUCUCAUGGAGCAUUCAGCAGAGGGCAUUGGAAGGUGUCCUAAAGCUUGGAGAUCCUGGCUGCAAACAUCACAGUAGUAUUUCCAACACAGAAGACAUCCUCUGUUGGAGCUCAUCAAGGUCAGCUGAACGCUUCAUCUUGCAGAACAGCUGCAUGCUUUGUUGCAUUGUUUCUUGACUUGCCCUUUUUGGCAAAUUUAAUUGUAUCAAUUUACAUGAUACAAGCUUAGCAGCCUGAUUUUCUUUCUGGAACAAAAAGCGACCUCCAAGUAAACUGACAGAGCAAACUAGAAUUCAGGAAUCUUAGGCUCUUUUGGAAGCUUUUUCAGCUUCCUGAUGGAUUGGACUGCCAAAAAACAUACUCAGUGUGUAAACAAGUGUGUUACAGCCAAGUGAAUGUAUUAACACCCUGCUACUCACUCUGUAUACAGAAUAGCCAGACGUUACAGUUGAAGUCCAAGUCUCUUACAGCUUGGUAAUCUGGAAGGAUAUGUGUGAGACAUUGGUUUUAGUCUUCUGCUUGUAAGGAGGAGCAUCAGAGGACAGGGGGCUGCGAGGUGAUUGCACAGGUGCUUGCCCUGCUGUAAGGGUGGCACUCGUGGUGGUGGGAGCUCUUAAGUCACACAGUUUCCACUGUUCCAUUAUUUCAAGUAGGAACAACUUUGAAGUUGCUCCCCAAAAGAGGCUCUGGCUUUUGUGUUAACCUCUUAAUCAGAAGGGGGUCAGUGUGAAGAACACCCAGCACUAACGGACUCUGCUGUCUCAUUAUUCACCUCUUUUCUUUUAAAACACAUAUUUCAUGGCUAUUGUUAAUGCACAUUUUUCACAGAGUAAUUUUCCAAACCUCAGCCUGUAACACAUCCCAAUGACAAAUGCUCUUGAUUUGGACUGUACCGUCAGCUGCAGUGUCACAUCAGACAUUUUCUCAAUGCCUGCUCCAGACAGGCCAUCCAGUUUUAUGAUAGCUCUGUCUCGGUGAUCACUAUUGAACCUUAAGAAUCUAGAGGCUUUUCAAGUUUAAUUGAAUAAAAUUCUUUGCAAUAUAAAUUCUUCAUGAAUGCUAUAUAAAUCAGCUCCAGGAUGGAUUUAUAGUAUUUUCUUUUUUUUCCAACUGGGGGGAAGAAAUCUCACUACUGUUUUGGGACCAAAGCUAGCAUUGUUUUGAGUGCAAGGAGGAAUAAAUUUAGCUACCAUGCUCUUAGAUGAUGUAGAGAUUAAAUUUAUUAGGGUUCACUCAGCUUCCAGCUCUCUCUUUGUACCCUAACAGGUCUGUGCAAUUGUUUCUGCACGGCUGAAGCUGAGGGAUGCUAGUGUGUGGGGUGCCUCUGUUUUCCAGAUAAACAGGCACAGGAGCCAGUGCUCAAAUUUAGACAGUAGGAGAACUCAGGCUGAGAGCAAUCCCAGCCACAGGGGCAGCUAGAGCUCAGCAGAGCUGAGCUCCACAGAGACCAUGCUUUGCCUUUGGUGAGUUUACAGCCUACAGAGUAUUUACCCAGUGCUUUAGCACCAGGUUGUACAGCACUUGCCUGUAUCAAAUGGGCUGCUGGCUGUUAUGUUGCAGCCAGGGAUACAGGAGCUUUUGCACCAGCUUCUAGAGUGGCUGAACUGGCAGCUGCUAGCACUCAGGGCAGCGUGCAGGAAUGCCUCAGAGCCUAGCAAGAGAAGGCACAGGUGAGCAAAGAAUCAUUGCAAUUAAAUACAGGCUUUAAAACUAGUAAAGUGUUGGUGCUGGGUUUGGUUUUUCCAAGUCCUUCAAUUCCACCUAGCAAAUGUAGCCAUGCAACAUAGGGAUUCCAGUGCCUGCACCUCAUUAAUAUAGUGGGAGAAGGGCAGAUGCUGUGUCCGUGCUGACCGUCUGCAGAGCCCAGACACAUUCCUGCCUAGCAGGGUUCCUUAUUUAUGAUUACGUUGGAACUGCCAGCAGAGACAUAUGUUGCUAAGGGUCGUUUAUUCUUGUUUGUAAAAUGUAUGGCUGCUCCUAGCUUACAUACUGUCAAAACUGGAAGAACUGGCCCCAAAAUCUCUUGCUGCAUGAUUGGAUCAGACGCCUGUACAUCUGUUAACGCUGUAGGAGCUGUAAAAUGAAAUAAGUUUCACUAUAACUCAAGCACCUCUAUUACCACCACAAUGUGCAAGCAGCAGAGCUGGCUGCUGCUCUUGCAGAAAUGACACAAACAUACAUUUUGCCAAGUUGUAUGUAAAUUUAUACAAGGCAGCAUUGCCCCCGCUAACACAGAGAAGGAAGGGCUGAUGCAUGCGUGUGCCCCCACCCUGAGGGAUGCACUGGGGCUGCAGCCACAGGGGGAAGUCUUGAGGUGUACACAGCCACACUGCACUGUCUCUGUCAAGCUGCAGGUGCAAAAGGGACCACCUCUGCCAUUGGGUCAAGUCCUCUGCUCCUGAAAUACUCAUCUAGAAGGAGUCAAAACUAAGCUCUAGAAAUGCUUCAUCUCAUGCUGCUCAGUGCUGCAGGGAGCCAGGACAGCCCAUCCAUCUGAACACACAACCAGCCCCUGCCCAGAGCACAGUACUAUCAAAUGGAGGAACUACCAGGCUGCAGUGCAAGUCACGGACGCUUGAGAAGCAGCAAGAAGAGCUGUCUGCUCCCAAAAUAUGCUCCUGCUUGAGUGGGACCCCAGCACCACUCCAGGUCAAGCAAUCCAGCUCUGCUCCAUACCCCACGUGCACAGUCCCAGCACCUCACUGUGCACAGAAACAGCCCUGACAAACUCAUGCUCGCUUCUCGGUGCCACAGAAGCAGGCAUUUUGCAGGCCUGCCUGUCUGUUGCCAGCUUUCUGCCUUCACAGCAUCUGCUGUGAGAUUUCUUUUUGCCGUUUCUGAUGGUGCCAUAUGCCUCAUUGUCAAAACAAUGGUGCUUGCACACUGACUGGGAGCCCUGGGCCAUGCUCCCACCGAGCUUGAGCCCCAGCUGAGCCCCACAGCCCAUGGGGCUGCCCCAAGCACUGCGGAGAAGCAGGACCAGCAGCCACGGCUCUGUGUGAUAUGAAGGGUCCCACAAGCACCUGCUUACACUGAGGACAACAAACCCCCCCCUUAAGGGCUAUCACAGCACCCUGCAAGACUGCACAGCAUUUCUCAAAGUAUAUUCUAGAACACAAGUCCUGCUCCAAGGAACCCCACCAGGUCUCUUCCAGGCUCAGAGCUGCUCACAGCCACAUAGGCAGUGCCCCAGGGAGCUCAGCUCAGGGCUGCCAGAGCACGUGUGCCAAGAACCAGCCUGAAAAAACAGAUCCCCAAGCACCCAGCAGCCUCCAUGCCCACCCCACAGCCUGCUGGCAGAGGAACUGAUGCCCCAAAGCUCUGCUCCCACUCUGCUGUGCACUCUGCACGUUACACCCCGUGGUUUCCCUACCCUUGGGGAAAGGAAGAAGAACCAUCCAAUCAUCAUACCAGGUUUAUUUUUUCCUCUUUCCUGCAUUGCUUAUACAAGAGAUGCACCAAGGUCUCUGCAGCAGCAAGUCUUCUAUAGAAAAAAUAGUCAUUAAUCUCCCGUGGCAAAGCCAUCCCUGUCCUACAAAGGACACCCGCGCAGAAUACAGCAGUGCAGGCAGGGAAUGGUUCUCAGCCUUCUGCUCGGCUGAAAUCGUAUUAAAGACUCUCAGUUGUACAGGAGUCAGCUACUCAAAAGAAAUAUUAUUGUUGCACACACGGUCACCAGGGUGCUUACUACACAAUCACGUUUUAUCUGCUAGCUACAAAAUUGGAUGUACUGUCUGGUAGUGCAAUAUUUCCAGGUUGGGAGGGACCUGGCUAAGACCACAUUAAGAUCUUUUCUAGGAAUUGUACUCCUGAGGAACGAAGGGAAAAAAGAGGAGCAAAGAUUUUACUUCAUUGUGUUCAAAGCCUUUCACACAACAAUCAAUGUGCUCAUUGAGACUCCUAGAAAAAGGGAUCUGGUGUUAUACUUUAAGCUAGGGAUGGUACAACUCAGAGCCUAAGCCUCUCAGCUACACAGUUAACAGCCUAACGCUGAAAUGCUCUUUAAGUAAAAAAAAAAAAAAA